AUGCCAAUUGUAAAAAUACCAGUGGUACAGAAAUUUGGGAUCUUGUCAACUAAAUAUCACCAGGAACUCCAAAAAAGAAUUUUACAACUAAAUGAAGAAAGCCAUGGAGAAAAAUCCUCUAGCCAGGGCCCCUUGGAAGUCACAGAGGAAUUCAUCAAACAGUUUAACGCUGCAGAAGAGCUGGAGGAUCAAGAGCAUAUGCUUGACUCCGCUUGGAAAAUACUUCAUCGAUGCAAGAGAAGAUCUGGAAUAAAUUGCAAGGGUUCUGGACAUCAUGUGAACCUGCACCUUGCAUGGACGGAGCUGAUUUUAAUGGCUCAAUGCAAAGGCAAGGUUCAAGAAGAGGCCUUGGAUAUCCUUACUCGCUCCAUGGAUCAAGCUGAUCUUAAUCAAGACCACAUCCCUUUAUUGUUUUUCAUUGCUGAAUCAGUUCUGUAUAGAAUAUGCUGUGAUACAAUACAGAAACCACACCUGUUCUCCAGUGAAAUCAAGCUUUCAAAGCUUGGACUGGUGUCAUUUUUAAGGCUUUAUUCUUUUCACCUCGUUGGGAAACUGCAACAUUUUGAAGAACAAAAGGAUAGGCUGUACAUAUACUUAAAAG